GGGCCAAAUCACGAGGGGAAUUUCCGGCUAGGGUUUCGCGGAUCGAGAGGGGGAGAGGAGGGCGGCUAGGGUUUCGGGUCGAGGUGGGCGGCGGAGGGCCCCGGCAUGGCCUCGCCGGCUGCGGCCGCGGCGGCGGAGGAGGCGGGGGAGGGGCCGGUGACGGGGGACAUGGUGAGCGCGGGGUUCGCGGAGCUGGAGCGCCAGCAGCAGCUGCUGGCCACCUGCACGCGCCUCUACCAGCAGCUGGCCGACCACUUCGGCUCGCUCGAGCGCGGGCUGGCGGCGCGCUCCGACGCGCUGCGCGCCCGCCGCCGCGCCUUCGACGCGCGCACCCACCGCGCGCUCGACGCGCUCCACCGCAGGGAGGCCUCCAUCGACGGCUCCGUCUCGCGCGCGCUCGACCAACUCGGCUCCCUCCCCGCCGCCGGCGCGGAGGAGGGGGAGGCCGGCGGGCUCGCCGAGGGCCUGCGGGCGCUCUGCGCGCGGAUGGACUCCGCCGCGUUCCUGGGCUUCGUGGUCGCCCGCCGCAAGGAGGCCGACGCGCUGCGCGCUGAGAUGCCACCCGCCCUCAAGCUCUGCGUGGAUCCGGCCAAGUUCGUCAUGGACGCCGUCGUCCACGUGUUCCCCGUCGACCGCCGCGAGGUCCGGAGCCCGGCCGACCUGGCCUGGGCCUGCGUGCUCAUCCUCGAGGCGGCCGUGCCGGCGCUCGCCGACCCGGACCCGGAGAUCGGCUCCGCGCGCCCGCUCGUGCCGCGGGCCGCGCGGGAGCGCGCGCGGGGCAUGGCGCGGGAGUGGAAGGAGGCCGCGGAGAGGAAGGGCGGGGUGGAGGGCGCCAAGCCCCCCGACGCGCACGCCUUCCUGCAGCACGUGGCCACGUUUGCAGUCGCCGAGAGGGAGGACCGCCCGCUGUACCGCAGGAUUGUGGUCAGCUUCUCCUGGCGCCGGCAGAUGCCGCGCCUCGCGCUCACCCUCGGCCUCGAGGAAGAAAUGGCAGAUAUCAUUGAGGAGCUAAUUGCUAAGAGGCAGCAGCUUGAUGCUGUGAAUUUCGCAUACGAGGCUGGUCUUCAGGACAAGUUCCCUCCAGUUCCUCUUCUGAAGUCCUACCUGGAAGAUUCUAAGAAGACAUCAUGUGUUGCUUCAGAUAAUUCAAGCACUAGCAGUGGCCAAUCAGGGAGCAAUGUGAACAAGAAAGAGCAGUCUGCGCUGCGAGCUGUUAUAAAGUGUGUUGAGGACCGCAAACUGGAAGCUGAGUUUCCACUGGAGGAUCUCCGGAAGCAGCUCGAAGAACUGGAGAAGGCCAAGACUGAGAAGAAAAAGGCAGCAUCAAGUGCUACCAGUGGCGGCAGCAGCGGCCCUGCAACCAAGCGUAUACGUGCAAGCAAUGGAGGCCCAAUGCCUCCUGCCAAGGCAGGUCGUCUAACUAACAAUGCAUCUGUGUCUUCUUUCCCAGCACCCACCACAUUUGCCCGCUCUCCUUCCCAUACCUCAUACGCCACCACUUCCCCUUCCCACACUUCAUACGCCACCACUUCCCCUUCCUACACCUCAUAUGCCACCACUUCCCCUUCGCACACCUCAUAUGCCACCGCCUCCCCUUCCCAUGCAUCAUACGCCACUGCCUCCCCCUCCCAUGCAUCAUAUGCCACUGCUUCGCCUUACCCUUAUGACAGGCCCGCUGGUCAUGGCCUUUACUGCAACCGGAGCCCACCGGCUAUCAGGGAGGCAUAUGUUUACCCAGCUGAGGAGGUAGCUAGUGUCAAUGUCGGCAUUGCGAUGCCAUACUCCACACCACCCAUGAGCUACCCUGCCCCCUAUGGUGGGUAUGCCAAUGGUAUGGCAGCUUAUAACAAUGGAAUGGCUCCUGCCUUCCACCAGGCUUACUACCGGUAGGUUCAGUCAGAAAAAAAAAGUCGCUGAUGAAUGACAUGACAACAACUAAUGAUGCCAACGACUCAAUCGCGCAAUGGCCCUAUUUUGUAGUGACUGACUACAACGGUAGAUUGGUAUCUCAGCUCAUAUGUUCUUACCACCACUACUACUAGUAGGUGUGUUGUGUUGUAUUAGCGCUCGUCUCAUCCUAGAACACUACUUUUUACUACUAAGGAACCUGGAUGUAAAUUAUGUAUGCUACCAGCGAGACUCUCUUUAUCGCCUUAUGUAAUUCUAUUUGGAACUAAGAAAAAACCAAAAAAAAAAUCAGCAUGUAAUCCUUAUGAAACACUGGAUUUACCGAGGAUUUAAUUAAAGGAGUUGUAGUUUAUC